AUGAAGUCCUCGCGCUUUUUUCUAAGAAAACGUUUAUCUGUUGAUGCAGCAAUAUUCAAAACAGCAGUGAUUGAAUAUUUAACAAAAGAAAUCUGUGACAUAUCUGGAAGUUUAGCUCUUAAAGAAAAAAAGAAAAUCAUUACCCCAAGACAUCUUAUGCUCUCUGUGGCUAAUGAUGUCGACAUGAAUAAUAUGCUGACCACAGUCAUAUUUCCCUUUUCGGGAUCCAAGAUGUAUUUACCCCUAACAGAUAAAAUGAAUAGAGCAUAUCUCCAAGCUGCAAAAUUAAAAGACCCUCCAAAACAUAAGGUCCAUGAAUUUGGUGUUCCACUUGUUGUAAUGUCUGAAAAAAUUAUUAGUAAAACUGUUAUCAAAGUUUUGAAUGGAGACAUAACAAAAGUACAUGCAGACGCUGUUGUACACCCAACAAGUUCUAGGAUAUCUUUCCAUGGGAUCAUUGGAAGUACUCUGCUAAGCAAGGGAGGUUCAGCUUUAGAAAGUGCUGUCAGAAGUUGUAUGCAAAAUGAAGGAUUUCUCACGUAUUUAGAAGUGCGUAAAACACCUGCUUUCAACAUCGGUGCUCAGUGGAUUCUACAUUGUUACAGCCCGACUUGGCGCCAAAACUCGAACUACAUUGAAAGUGACUUGUCUGGGGCUGUUAUGAACUGUCUAAAACUUUGCGAGUCAGAAAGAUUUUGCUCCGUUGCUCUUCCUUCUAUAGGAAGUGGAAAAGCUGGGGUACCGAAACAACUAGCUGCACAAACGAUAUUGCAGACCUUGAAAAACUAUGUAGAUGCCAGAUCCGGGAAUACAAGUUUGAAAGUCAUAUACUUUGUACUGUAUGACCAAGAAUCAAUAGAUGUAUACACAACCGAACUUAAUCGGCUCAUCUGA